UCAAAGCACAAUGUCUACUUUGUUUCUGGCCUUGUUAGCUGUGUCUAGCUUGUCACACUGCUUGUCUGUGCCUGCUGCACCUCCUCAGCCUUCAGCUCCUCGUGAUGUAAUAAGCCUCACAUUCUUGGUCUGUGUGAAUGAUACUUGGGGCAACUGCAUCACAACUGUUAAAACACCUCCCAUUAAACCCAACACACCAUGGAACAAAUCAGAAAAUAUAAUGGUUGGUGAUUGUGACCAUGGACCACUACUUUAUACAGUACAGCAGAAUAAAGGUGGAGCAGACGUUGUUGUUACUUUCUACUCAUCUGUAAUUGAGGAUGCAUCACACCCUGAGUGUACCAUUUCAUGGGAUUUUAAUUAUCUAGUACCAAAGCCAGGAGAUCAAUCUAGCUCUUUGUUGCCUGGCUGCUUUGUGGCUGAUUCACGUGAAGGAUAUCACAUGACAUAUUAUUGGUUUUAUAUUAUUGAUUGGUUUACUGGCUGAAUGAAGCUAUGCAAUUGAUCUGUUUCUUAUAAAAAUUUGA